CAAAUUAGGUAGUCAAUAAUAAAUUAAUAAAUUAAUAUAUGAAGAACCGACCCCACUUCAAUUGACACUGCGACACAGUUUCUGCGGCAGCCAGGCGAGAUUUCGACGACGAUUCCCUUUUUGAAACGAAGACCAUCUUUUGAAAUGGAGAAAGCCAUCAACAGACAGAGAGUUCUGCUGGGGCACCUCAUCACUAGCCCGUGUUACGAUCGCCACUCUCGUGAAUCAUCAUCCCUUUAUCCUUCUGUGUGUUUGGCUGGUGAUGUUUCUGCUUAUCGUAGAACUGCUGCUUUUGGAGAUGAUAUCGUCAUUGUCGCAGCUUGUCGAACAGCCAUUUGCAAAUCUAGAAAAGGGGGAUUUAAAGACACUCUUCCAGAUGAUUUACUAGCUGCUGUGCUGAAGGGUUUGAUCGACAGAACGAAUCUGAAUCCAGCUGAGGUUGGAGAUAUAGUGGUUGGAACUGUUCUUGCUCCAGGUUCUCUAAGAGCUAUCGAGUGCCGGAUGGCUGCAUUCUAUGCCGGUUUUCCUGAUUCUGUACCGAUUAGAACUGUGAACAGACAAUGUUCCUCUGGCCUUCAAGCUGUUGCCGAUGUGGCUGCCUUCAUACAAGCUGGAUAUUACGAUAUCGGUGUUGCGGCCGGGUUGGAAUCCAUGACUGUGGAUAAUGUCGACCCAUUGAAGACGGUUAAUCCAAAAGUUGAGAUUUUCGCUCAAGCCCGCGAAUGCCUUCUUCCGAUGGGCGCCACUUCUGAAAACGUCGCAGAACGCUAUGGAGUGACGCGCGAAGAGCAAGAUCAAGCUGCGGUCAUCUCCCAUGAGCGCGCUGCAGCUGCUGCUGCCUCCGGGAAAUUCAAAGAAGAAAUAGUUCCGGUUUCUACAAAGAUUGUCGACCCGAAAACUGGCGAGUUGAAGCAGGUUACGAUCUCAGCCGACGAUGGCAUUCGCCCGGGAACGAAUAUGAGAGAUCUGGCGAAACUGAAACCUGCAUUCAAGAAGAAUGGAACGACAACUGCUGGGAAUGCGAGCCAGAUCAGCGACGGUGCCGGGGCAGUUCUUCUCAUGAAACGAAGCUUGGCGAUUCAGAAGGGACUUCCGAUCCUCGGAGUAUUCCGGAGCUUCGCUGCCGUCGGGGUGGAACCGGGCGUCAUGGGCAUCGGCCCUGCGGUUGCGAUUCCCGCCGCCGUCAAGUCAGCUGGUCUGAACCUAAGCGACAUCGACCUAUACGAGAUCAACGAGGCGUUCGCGUCACAGUAUGUCUACUGCAUCAAGGAACUCGGGCUCGACGUUGAAAAGGUUAACGUCAACGGCGGAGCGAUGGCGCUCGGGCAUCCUUUGGGGGCUACGGGAGCGCGUUGCGUGGCUACGCUGCUUAACGAGAUGAAGCGCCGGGGUCGGGACUGUCGUUACGGCGUAAUAUCGAUGUGCAUAGGGUCGGGGAUGGGUGCCGCCGCCGUGCUGGAAAGAGGGGACGGCGCCGACGAGCUGUGUAAUGCACGCGCCGCCUCAGGCGGGAGGUUCUUGUCGAACGAUGCUAAGUGAAUUAUGUGGUAAAGUUGUGGUUGUGAGUCUGUGAGAGACGAUGUUAAGGUUGUCUUUCGAGCAUUGGCUUGUCAGAACAGUGAAAACUGAAACGGUUUAAUAAUAAUAAUGAUAAUAAUAAUAGAACUCUUCCUAAGAAGA